AUGUCACCACCAGCAGUCCUCGUCGACACAUCCUCCGACUUUUCCCUCCCUGCCCCCACACCCACAGGGCGAACACUCCUGCUAUGCCCGCCGUCCAUUUCCUCGACCCCCGCGCUCCUCGAGUCAGCCCUCUCAACGCUCCCGCGCGACUCCACCGAUGUCCAAAUGCUUGACCGCCUCGCCCUCGGCCUCGUCUCCCUCCCAGCGACAACCUACACCUCCGUGCUACUCCUCUCCACGCCCUCCGCGACAUCAGAGCCUUCAGCCCCAAUACUAGAAAAGGUCUUUGCCUCCAUGGCGCCGGGCGCUAAAUGGCGGUCUCAGAACAACACUCCCGUCAGCGCGGACAAGCUCGCUCUCCUCAUGGCGGGCUUCCUGGUGGCGGACGACGGGUCCCUCGUAAAGCCAGACACAAAGAGCGUGCCAUUGAAGCUACGACGAAAGGCCGACAGCCCCGCGGCGGUGCCGAAGCCGGCGGCGCCCGUGGUGGUGGCGGCGGCGCCGAGCGGCGUCGGGUUCAUUGAUUUUGGCGACGACCUGGAUGACGAUGACGAGUUGAUUGACGAGUCGACGCUCCUUGACGGCGACGAUCUGUCAGCGCCGAUUCAGCAACCGGCCGAGUGUCGCCCCAAGCCCGGGAAGCGUAGGCGCGCAUGCAAGGAUUGCACCUGCGGUCUCAAGGAGAAGCUCGAGGAGGAGGACGCCACACAGCGCUCAGCGGCCGACAAGGCUCUCGCAGCGGCAAAGGAGAAGGCCGCGGCGGGAAUCAAGUUGAAUGCGGAUGACCUGGCGGAGAUCGACUUUACGGUUGAGGGCAAGGCGAGCUCGUGCGGGAGCUGCUACCUCGGCGAUGCGUUCAGGUGCGCGGGCUGCCCGUACAUCGGGCUGCCAGCGUUUAAGCCUGGUGAGGCGGUCAUGCUGGAGACUGAUGAUCAGUUGUAA